GCUUGAACGGUUGACUGGUUGGCGACGGCGGUGCCCCUGUCUCUGAUUUCAGUCUUGGCUGUGGGAUAUUUGCUGUCAAGUCGUAUUGAACAUCGAGGUAUUGCGAGUUGCGCUUUCGUAACGAAGGUAAAGGCUCAAGAGCAGGUGAUGGCAUGGGCGGAGACGACGAUCGCAGCACAGUGUCAUGCUCGGGAGCAAUCAUGGAGAUGAAUGGAGCCGGUCUGAUCGACCAGAGAAAGCUUAUUGAUCUCGUGCUCGAGAGAGAAAGUGGAAGAGAGAAGGUACGCCAUCGAAGCUACAGUAGAAGUGUCGGAGGAUGUCCCAUUGCCACGCCAGAGACGACCCGCUACUGAACGUGGGAGGCACGUCAUCUGUGAGAGCUGGCGCUAGAUCGUACAACACAAUCAUUCGGCUGCAUUUGUGUAUGUUUAAUGUACCAAGUUUCCUGCGCAUUCUGUUGCAUAUUGAGUGGGAGGAUUUCGUCCUGUACAUGUGCACAUGUGCAUGGGGCGCAAAUGUAGCCUCAUCUCUCAGGCGGUGGCGCUCUAGAACCGGCCAAGCGCGCCACUAUGACAGCCAAACUUUACCAAAGUCGCCCGGACUUUUGGGUGACAGCUGUCGCAUCUGCAUCUUCCUUUCAGCUGGAGACCCGAGCCCACUGUCGAUCGUCGAUGUACAUGUAGAUUGUAGUCUUUCGAAGCACACUCAAAGUCACGAACAACAAUAUCAAGAGCAAGGCAGAGCACUCACAACGCCGAUCCAGAGUUGAGAUGCAGUUCAUGGCGCGUGACGGUACAAUGGUCAGUCGUCUCGCAGU